AGCAGAGCGCCACGAGUCAAGCAGAGAAGUGCGAGCUCCUCCCUCACCUCCGACCCACGCCACGCCGCCGCCGCCAAUAACGACCAACUCACGUGCCCUAUCCUUCUCCCCCCUUUUGUUCGUCUCCUCCUAAACCGCCGCCAGCAUGGACGCCAAGAAGAGGUCGCCGCCCACCCCCGCGGCCGCCGGAGCCGCGCCGCCCGCGGCCAACGGGUACUUCAGCUCGGUCUUCUCCGCGUCGCCGUCGCCUGCGGCAAAUCCAAGAGACGCCAGGCAGAUGGACCUGUACACGAUACUGAACAAGCAGAACCCCAAAGGGCAGAGUGGCGGGGGCAUUGCAGGUAAUGCCAAAUCCCAAGGCAGCCCUACCAUAGGUCGUGUUGCUUACAAAGAUGGAAAACAGUUUUAUCCAAACGAGUCCUCGGAGUCACCUUACUUUGGCUCGUCUGUGCAUUACGGUGGCCGGGACUUCUAUGACAGCUCUCCACACAAGCAAGCCGAUGAGUCAUCCAGAAAUUAUAAGGAGGAUAAUGCGGAUGGCUCCCUGGCUACCAGAGGUGAUUGGUGGCAAGGUUCACUUUACUACUAAAAACACUUUGCAAUGGACUCUCCUACUGUGAACAAGGAAUAAAAAGGAGUACGUCGAGCUGGUAGGCUGUAGAGUUGACAUGAGUCAUCAGGCAUAAGAAAAGUCAUAGUGGAACUACAUCUGUUCUGUCGGUGGUGGCAGUAUUUAGAUGCAUCACUCACCUAGGCAGAUGUAGACGUACUAUGUGUAUCUUUUCUUUGCCUUACUAGAUUUGAGUGAUGAAAUGUAAUGGGACUGGCAGGGCAGCAGCAGGUAGGUCCUACAAAAAGUUGCUGCUAUUUUGCAACUGACGAGAUCACUUGCUGUAUGCGUUAUGUAUCCUGGUUCGUGGUUGUGUUUUGGUAAUAUUUGGAUUUGCACAUCUGUUUCGGUCUA